UAUGAACAAUCAUCGUGAAAUAAAGUAUAUGAACUGAAUUGUAAGAGCCUUCAACAAUUUUUUUUCUACUUCAAUCAUAUUUUGAUAGUUAUUUAUAGAUUAAAAUUUUCUUAUUUGCUACUGACCUCUGAGAGUGUAAAAUACCAAACCAUAAUUAUAGUUAAUGGAAACAACGAAAUCUUGAAGUUUUAGUACAUCACAAAAGAUGACACAACUGGUAGAUGGCAAUACUAUAUUCUGUAUCUUGUAUGUUUAGUUGCCUAUGCUUGGAAAUAACUAAAAGAAAAUAAUUGAAAUUUUGUUGAUCAAAAAUACCAGAAUUUAAGGUUAAAUAUCCUUUUGUAAACAAUUUACUUCUUUUUUUUCAUUAUAUAGUUUCUCAAAUAAUAAAUAGAAUAUGUAUCAUUUAUUAAUAACCGGUGAUCCAGGUAUUGGAAAGACUACAUUAAUAAAAAAAAUUAUAGGUAUUUUAAAAUCUAAAAAUGUUGAAAUUGAUGGAUUCUACACAGAAGAAAUUAGAGACGAUAAUAAUUAUAGAGUAGGAUUUGAAAUUGUGACAAUGGAUGGCAAAAGAGGGAUUUUGGCAAAAAAGGGAGGGAGCAAUCUAUCGUCAUUUAAACCAAAGGUUGGUCAAUAUUUAGUACAUAUGAAUGAAUUUGAACAGCUUAUAUUACCUAUAUUGGAAAAACCAAAAAAACUAUUGAUAAUAGAUGAAAUCGGUAAAAUGGAAUUAUUAAGCAAGAAAUUUGAAGAAUCAGUUUCUAACAUUUUCUUUGAUAAUACUGCAGCUGUUAUAGCUACUGUUCCAUUGAAAGACCAAUUUUUUGUCAGGCAACUAAAAGAGAGGAAGGAUUGUCAUCUAAUUACAGUGACUCACUCUAACAGGAAUGCUAUUUUGGAGGAAAUAAAGGACUGGCUUAAUGGUCUUGGAGAACCAGAGAUCGCCAUUCCAUCGAUUGUUGCUUUGUUUCUGGAU